CUGAAAUCAUCAAGGAAAGCUAAUGCCAAGAACGAUGGCUUCGGGUUCGCAUCCCCAAUACAGAUGCAGCCUCAUUGAAGGGGUAGAGAAGGUGGAAGACUACCGGCCGGGAGGAUUUUGUCCUAUUAUUAUCGGCCAGAUACUCGAAGAAAAAUACGAGAUCAUUGCUAAGCUUGGCUACGGUGGGCACUCUACCGUUUGGUUAGCCAGAUCUGUAACAACAGAUAAUAUCUGGGUGGCAAUCAAGGUCCUUAAAAGCGACAAAAGCGAGCAAGGCAACUCUGAACUCGCUAUUCAUCGAUCUAUUCGGCAGGCGAAUAUUAUCCAAUAUCUCGAUGACUUCUGGAUUCAGUCACCUAAUGGAUUCCAUCUUUGUCUAGUUAUGGAAGUUACAGGCCCGUCGAUUUAUCUCUACGUUGAGUCAUUAUGGAAUGGGAAGCUGGAUGUAGAAACGGCAAUAGAUCUGAGUAGGCAGUGCGUAAAAGCGCUGAUAGCCUUACACAAUCUUGGAUAUGCUCACGGCGAUGUUUGCUCAGCGAAUUUCGCCGUUGGCUUAUCAGAUAUUUCUCAUUUCGUAGAUAAAUCUAUGGAUUAUUAUACUGGCUAUCAGACUGGAGCAGUCUGGUCAGAAGCUAACUCGCCUCUGCCGGCUGGCGUGCCAGAGCGUCUUUACGAAUCCGUUCCGUCGUUGAUGAAUGUCGAUUUAUCGAGUGUAAAAAUGAUUGAUUUCGGCGAAGCAUUCUCUGGAAUGAAGAAAGGGGUUGCAACGCACGCAAGUUACAGGGCUCCAGAGUUACUAGCAGAUGAGGAAGCCACUGUGCAAUCAGAUAUAUGGAGUAUGGGCUGUUUAAUUUUCGAGCUUAUGACUUCGCAAUCCCUGUUCGUUGGAAAUUUGACCACCGUGGCUGGAGAGCAAUUAACAUUUUUUGCUCGGCCCCCCAAGCAACGGUAUGAAUAUCUGAUUGAACUUUUAUCAGAACAUUCUGUUCUUGAAUAUGAGGAAGAAAACGAUUGGUUGGCGAACUUACUUUCCGAUAUGCUUGUGCAGGACCGGCAAGGACGAAUGAAUCUUGGACUUGUGUUAGAGCACGACUUCUUCAAGUUUGCGGGCCAGAUUGGGGAAUAAGACAUUCUACAUUUGACUUU